UUAAGUGAUUUUAUUUCAUUUUUAAGUUUUUUUUUUUGGUGGUUUUAAUUUGGUAAACAACUGACAAUGGUUUAAGAUGGGCUUGCACACAGGUGUUUAUAGACAUUGCAACUGUCUUUUUAAUUUUGAAUGCUUUUAAUAUUUGCUUUAAAUAUUACGUUUUGGAAGUAAUGCGCUGAGAAACCCGUCAAUGUAAUUCAACACAUGUUCAAAUUGCCUCGGAAAUGCGUAGGGUAUUAUGAAAUGUAAUAUUCGACCUUCUCAAAAUCGUCGCCGUAAGACAUUUAUUUUGAAAAUAUGAGUGGAUAUAGUACCUAUUUUCUCUUCUGGCAGUCUUGACAUUGGUGACAAAAUCCACUGUGCGCUCCGCGGUAGCGCACACCGGGCAGCCAGUACUGUUAAUGCACCGGCUGACUAGAGAGGAGAGAGAGAGAGAGAGAGAGAGAGAGAGAGAGAGAGAGCACCCACAGGACCUACAAUAUUAUCAUUAAAAAAAUUAAGCUUUCAAUUAAACUCUCUUAAUCUCAGAACUAUUCCGGAGAAAUGGAAGAUUUGGGGAAAGUAUUUCCAUUUAACCACAGGUCUCCAUACAUGUUUGACUCCUGGGUAAAGUGGAGCGGAACGUUGGCGGGUCGCCUAAUUGGAUGUGUUCGUUGUUCCUGUGCGUGAAAUGAAAAAGGUCUACAAUGAUUUUGGCUUCCUAUUAACUAUGGGCGCGCAUAUUCUGGACUCAAAUUCCAGCGGCAACCUGACUCCUGCGGUGUACGAGGCUGGGACCGUCCUCCCGGGCCACCUCGCGGUGAUCUUAUCGGUCCUCAUGGUGACUCUGGUGGUCGUCGUGGUGGCAGGGAACGCGCUGGUCAUCAUGGCUUUUGUUGUGGAUAAAAGUCUGAGAACUCAAAGCAACUACUUCUUUCUGAACCUUGCUAUAUCCGAUUUUCUCGUGGGUGAGUUGGUUCCCCCUCCUCUUCUUCUUUGUGUCUCCUCUGUCAGUCUAUUCUCCAUAUCAAUAAAAAAAAUAUCACUAUUUCUACACGCCCCAAACACAUUGCAAUCUUCAUUCAUUGAUGAGUUUAUAGUGACCUUGCCGUCCUUUUUGCUUCAUUGAUGUGUAAUGUAAUGUAUGUUAUUUGUAGCAUCCCUCUGUUUUAUUUUAGAAAGGCAUUCACAUCUCUGUUAUUGUGCUGCUCCUUUCCGCAGCAUUAGAUACAUUAUAUAAGUCUCUUUAAUGAGACAACCAAUAGGCUGCUCUUGUUUCUAAAAUAUAUUUUACCUUACCUCUGCAGGGCAGCAACCAGUCAUUUUUUUGUCACAUGUAAUGAUCCCCACAUCCAGGCUGUCUGGAGAGGUGUGCAUGUUAUUACAGUUUUGGUUGGGGGGGGGUUGAAUCGUUAUGCAGUGUGUGUCUG